AUGGCUCCCUUUUCUGGGGAUGGUGUGCUAUGGUUAUGCCUAGGCGUCUCUCUGUUUUUUGCCAUACGCGGUAUCGCCACAGACCUCCGCCAAGUCGUUGAUCUGACAGAAAUCAAACAUGUUGAGAAGGAAGACAAGAUCAUUAGCGAGGGAACAGAAGAAGCUCUCAAGUUAGACACCCUCUUGAAGCUUUCUCAAAGCACGAGCCAUGACCUCCGAGCUGCGGCCCUGCGCAUCAUUUCAGAACGUUCUACCAAGGGAGAUACUCGUGACUUGCUAUUGGAGGAGCUGGAAUCCAGGAACAAAGUUCACCAACGGCGAGCUCUGAAUGCAUUGAAUUUCUUGGUUUCCAACCGAGCCCUCACUAGAACCUCGAUCUGCACUCGACUCGCCGACGUACCCACCUUUACCGCCAUUAUCAACUGUCUUUGCAACUUAUUAGAAGAACACGUGGAGAAGACAUCUACGACCAAUUCGCCCAUUUUGCCAAAGACACGGCCGAUGGGAGAGAAGAAGGCGCUGAAUAUUCUGAAUGUCUUGUUGCCAGAGAACAUACCCGACGCAUUGGAAGCGGGGAUCAUCAGCCGAUGGCUCUGCAGAUAUCCAUUUCCGUGUGCAAUAGCCGAGCCUUCUCGUCGGCGGGAUGUGGUGAUCCUCAUGAAAACAUGGUGGUCGGAUGACGUAGUCAUGAGCGCGAUCUUCAGCUCCCUUUCCUCGCACCCGGAUGGGAUUAAGCAGCUGCGGAAACAUGGACUGAUGGGCAGCAUGAUUGAAGAAAAUGACCACGACGAGGAUGACGCGGACAGCGAUGUGUGGAUGGUAGAUGCGGGUGAGGCAGGAGGCUCUUUUGGACGAACUCCUUCGCGUAGACAUCAGGAGGGGAGUGCCGAAGAUCAAGCGCUUCGGCGACGCAGGAGAGAAGCUAUGGUCUUGAGCGACGGUGGACGGCCAAUUGGAAAUGACGACAUAAUCCAACGACCUAUUGAUUGA